AUGUUCACCACAAAGCCUUCUUGUGUUCCAUCAACUGUGAUUCGAUCAGUGUGGUCCUCCGACCUUGAAUCAGAGUUCAAGUUGAUUAGUUCAUUGGUUGAUUCUUAUCCAAUUAUUUCCAUGGACACCGAGUUUCCCGGUGUUGUCGUUCUUCCUGACAGUACAGAUUUGCCUUUUCAUUCUCAAAGUUCAGACACUCACUACUCUUUCUUGAAGGCCAAUGUGGAUGACCUAAAUAUUAUUCAAGUUGGACUCACUCUCUCCGACGCCAAUGGUAACCUUCCAAACCUUGGAACUUCUAAUUUUUUCAUUUGGGAAUUUAAUUUCUCUGAUUUUGAUGUUGCACACGACAUCCAUAAUCAUGAUUCUAUAGAGCUUCUUCGAAGUCAAGGUAUUGACUUCAUGAAAAAUAAGAAAUUUGGUAUUGAUUCAAUAUGUUUUGCUGAGCUUAUGAUGUCAUCUGGACUUGUUUGUAACGAGGACGUAAGUUGGGUUACGUUUCAUAGUCCUUAUGAUUUCGGUUACCUUGUUAAGGCACUGACUCAACGUGCUUUGCCUCAAGACCUUGAUGAUUUUUUAGUUUUAGUUCGUGUUUAUUUUGGUAAUGCUAUUUAUGAUGUCAAGCAUAUGGUGAAGUUCUGUGAAGGCAUUUAUGGUGGUUUGGAUAGAGUUAGUAAGACUUUGAAUUUGGAUCGCUUUGCUGGGAAGAGUCAUCAGGCUGGUUCUGAUAGUUUGCUGACUCUUCAUAUUUUCCAAAAGAUAAGAGACAUUUAUUUUGGUUGUGAUGUUCAUAAAAUGGCCAAGUAUAGUGGUGUGUUGUAUGGCUUAGAAAAGUUGGUUUGA